GCGGCUUCAACAACGAUGGAGGAGGGCACGGAGAUGGAGGAAGUGUCUGCGUUGUCCACUGCGAAAACUCACAAACUACAGUUGGAGGAGAUGCAUGGGACGGUGUGCCAGGUGAACGGGGAUCUGCCAUACGAAGUGCUGCAGGAGGGAGAAGAGGCCUAUGAUGGGUUGGAUGAUGAGCUCUACGAACUGAUCUUAUCUCGACAGCGGGACGUGAGCGAUAGAGCGAGGGCGAUCGCCAUUUUCUAUGACUGCGUUGAUAUGGUGCAGCGGAUUAAAGAUAAGUUCUCUGACCUUUUGGCAAGGAGAUAUGUGUGUGGCCUGCCAAGCUCUGAGAUCCAGAUCGCAUCAACACCUCCAACAUCUGUUGCAAUAUCAACAACAACACUAACUUCACCAAUUACGGCAAUGUUGGAUUCGACAUCGAGUUCAGUUACAUCAUCACCGGUUGUAUUGCCAAAAAUGACAUCCAUGACGGCGGUAUCACCAUCUGCAGUAGCGAGGUCAUUGAGUGCUGUGAGUUCUGUUCAGCCAUGGGGGCUGCUUGAGCAGUCUGCCGUGGCAAGGGGGCAGGAAGAGGGGCUGCCCUCUUGGGUGGAUUGUGCGGAUCGAUUAUGUUUAGAUGCGCUCACAGGUCACGGAGGCAGGGGCCCUGAGGAGGGGCGGGGCCUGUGCGCUGAGAUCGUUGAGCGGUUUCAUAAGGCUGACGAUGACAACACUGUCGUUGGUCUUACUGGUUGUGACCUCGCUGCUAACGAUGUGGUUACGAAUGACGAUGCUCGCUGUGAUGGAAACAACAAUAACAACAACGUCAAUUACGUAGCAUGCAGCAAUGAGAUCUGCGAUGAUAUCAAGCAGGGGGAAGAUACUCGCUGCGAUGGAAACAACAAUAACAACAAGGCGAAUUACAUAGCAUGCAAUGAUGACAUCUGCGAUGAUAUCAAACAGGGGGAAGAUACUGGUAGGGAAGUAAGUGCGAUCCGAUUGCGUUUCCCUUCCCGGUCUUCCUUUGCUAUUUUGCUUUUGUGUGCUGUGGGAUUCGGUUGGGGUCAGGGACGUGAUGGAUGGGCGAUUGAGAAGUGUGUUGUUCAGGGAGAGGGUGUGGGAUUCUGGGGGAAGGGUUGGGGGCGGGAAGGGGUAGGAUAGGUAGUGUCUUUCACCCCCCCGGUUAAAAUGCGCUCACGAAGUU